AUGCAUCCAAGCACUACUCGCAUAGAUCUCCCGCCAGACCUUGAGGAGAAGACAUUCGCCCGGUUCGAUGACAUGGUUCGUCGAGGGCGUAUAUACUAUGAUCAUCGCACUGAACCGGGCGAGUUGGUUGUGCAUGAGGGGUUUCAGUUCGAAUUCCGCAUCGUCCCCUUCCUCAAAGGCAAGCCCGUUCUCGUUGCGGACGAUCCUGGCCGGGGCAGCAAGUCUGGAUCUGCCUCUGCAUCUCCAUCUCCAUCUCCAUCUCCAUCGCCAAACCCCUUCCUCAACCCGCAUCCCGACGAAGUCAUCCUCGACUCCGUCGGCCCCCGCCACCGCCUCAUGCUGAACAAGUACUGUCUCUACCGCCCGAUGCUGGUGCUGCCGACGAAAGACUUCGCCCUGCAAUCCGACGACCUGGACGCCACCGACCUCGCUGCGUCGUGGGCCCUGCUGCACGCCUACCCCUCGCUGCCCUCGCCGCUGGUCAUCUACAACCGCGGCGUCAACGGCGGCUCGUCGCAGGGCCACAAGCACCUGCAGCUGUUCCCCGUGCCGCAGCACCCAUUCGGCGACGGCGAAGCGGUCGAUCUGCUCUGGCCCGCGAAAGCGUCCUCAAGCGACGUCGUCGCGACAGACAUCCCCGGCGUGCCGUUCAAGCAUUUCGUCCUGCGCAUCCCCGCCGGCGCGUCGGCUGACACUAUCGUCGCCAUGCACGACCGCCUCCUCACCCUGACGCGAAAGGCGCAUGUCGACGCGGGCAACGGCCCGGACGCAGACUACAAUGUCGCCCUGUCGCGCUCGUGGAUCGCGCUCAUCCCGCGCACGACGGCCGGCCCGGCCGAUGGGCCGUUUGGCACCAGUACGGUGGGCAUGUUGGGUCUUGUGGCGAUCCGCGAUGAGCGUGAUAGACAGCGGUGGGAGGAAUUGGGGUAUACGCGGUUUUUGGCGAGGUUGGGGAUUCCAAAAUGA